GUCAAAGUGGGGUUCCCACUUCCCACACAUUACACUAUAAUUACUAGCAAACAAAUAAUGAAUGAAAAUAUAUGUUAGAAACAGGAGAGGGAGAUGGCAAGCAGGAAUGGAUGGAAGGAAUUAGUAUUACCAUGCAUAGCCAUGGUUGCUGUAGAGUGCUCCACUGUAAUUGCCACCAUUCUAAUCAAAGCUGCUUCUGUGAAAGGGAUGAGCUACGUCGUCUUCACUGCCUACUGUUAUAUUUUAGGAACCCUUGUUUUCCUCAUCCUACUCUCCCUCUUUAAAAGCAAAUCAGUGCUCCCUCAAUUGAAGUUCCCUCUUUUUUCCAGAAUUUUCCUUAUUGGACUUUUUGGGUUUUCAGGUCAAUUAUGCAUGUACAAAGGCUUACAACUUAGUUCCCCAACUCUGGCUUCAGCCAUUAGCAAUCUCACACCAGCUUUUACCUUCAUACUUGCUGUCUUCUUCAGGAUUGAAAAAGUAGCAUUUAGAAGUUCAAGCAGUCGAGCUAAAAUCAUGGGCACCUUUACAUCAAUAUGUGGUGCAUUAGUGAUUAUUUUUUACAAGGGCCCCAAAGUUUUUUCAUUAUCAUCAUCUGCUAUACACCAAAGGCCUCUAGGGUUAAUGUCAUCUGAAUCAAAUUGGAUCAUUGGUGGCCUCCUACUAGCUGUUGCCUUUGUUCUUGUUUCGUUGGGGUAUAUUAUCCAGUCUCAAAUAAUGAAGAUUUACCCUGAAGAGGUUACUGUAAAUUUCUUUUACAACUUGUUCGGGACCAUUAUCUCUCUACCAAUAUGCUUCCUUGCUGAACCAAACUUAAGUUCCUGGAGACUAAGUUCUGAUUUAGCUGCUGUUGCUGUCUUAUACUCGGGACUUUUUGGGUUCUCCUUUUUAUGCGUUGUACACAUAUGGGGCAUACACUUGAAGGGGCCUGUAUUUGUUGCAAGUUUCAAGCCAACUUCAAUUGCCAUUGCAGUUGUUAUGAGUGCCAUAUUCCUUGGCGAAGCAAUAUUUCUUGGAAGUGUGAUUGGAAGCCUAAUUUUAUGUACGGGACUGUAUUGCGUAUUAUGGGGAAAAGCAAAAGAAGAAGAAGAAAUGAUUGAUGAUGAUUGUGGCCUAAGCACGCCCAUUAAUGGAAGGGUCCCUUUAUUGCGAAGCCAACAAAGUUGAACAACCGGCUUACCUUUCUUGAAUGUUUUUCCACUCUCCCUGGCAUCCUAAAAACAAUCAUUACUCAAUGCCUAUCCAUUCGAUCCAAUUGGAUCGAAUUUAAUCAGUUUCGAUUAAGUUUAUUUGAUAAAUCAAUAUUUUACUAGCCUUUCUUCACCAA